GCAGUCAGACCGUGCAGCUGUGCAGACUCACAGUGUUUCAGCAGACAUUUUGUAAGCGUGUUCACGAUGAAGCUCGUUCUGCUCCUUGCUCUCCUCACAGUUAGUGAAUGUGAAAGCAGCACAUUUGUUGGUCGAACAGGCGAAGAUGUCACUCUGUCCUGUAAGUAUGACAUCACAUACUACAAAGCACUGUCAGUUUGUUGGGGUCGAGGACAAAUACCAGUCUCAGGCUGUGGCAACCAGCUCAUCUCUACAGACGGACAUAAAGUGAAAGAAGAAACCAGAGUUUCCAGUAGGUAUAAGUUACUGGGACGACUGGGGGAUGGAGAUGUUUCUCUGACCAUACUGAACAUCUCAGAGACGGAUGCUGGACGUUACGCGUGCAGAGUGGACAUCCCCGGAUGGUUCAAUGAUGACAAACAUCACUUCAUUUUGAUUGUUGAGAGAGCUCCACAGACGACCCCGUCAACAACAUAUACAGCAGGUACAACACAAACUUGUGUGUUUGUCUUCAUAUCUUAA